CAAAAAGGAAACAAAAAUUCGCCUAAAAAACCAAAAACAUUUUUAGCGAGCGAAAACCCAAAAAAAAAAAAUUACACAAAGGUGUAAGGACUCAUAAUAGAGAGACUCGAUAACGUGCUAAUAGAUUGCAUUUCACAGGGAUGUGUCGUAUUUUGGGGUUAAUUUAUGUCGUUUUAUUGAGGACAACAACGUUGAGGAAGGUCUCGUAGCUUCAAAACCCUAGGAGAGAGAUAGGAGGUAAACAUAGCGCUAAAAAGAGCGGGAACGUUCAGGUAUUCACCAAUAUCAUCUUCUUUCUUUCUUUUUUUCCUUUUUUCAUCAAUGGGAGGGGCCAACUGGUAGAUAUUUAGGUAGGGAUGCAUGGAUGUAACUCAGGAUCAGCUCUCUUAGUAAAUGCUGAGGUUGAUUCCAUGGGAGGUAUUGUUAAUGGUGGAGUUGGGAUUGGUGUCAAGACCUCUCUGCACAGAGAAGCUAUUGAGAGGGCUCAAGCAGAGCUUAGGCAGGAGUAUGAUGUUCGCGAGGAAAGAAGAAGGGAACUGGAGUUUCUUGAGAAAGGUGGCAAUCCCUUGGAUUUCAAAUUCGGCAAUGCAGUGUCAGUUAGUGUCCAGUCUACUUCUCUCACUGAUCAGCAAGCAGAACAUUUUGUUACCAGUGAAGCGAAAGGUAGUUUUGCACUGACUGCCUCACCUCAUGGUGAUUCUGUAGAGAGUAGUGGUAGACCAGGGAUUCCUGCAGUUUGUGAACCCAUUAGUGCUGAUAACCUCUUACUGUUUGAUGGUGAAAAUGAGUCACCUGAAGGUGAAACGAAAUCUAUGCAUUCUCGUAAGAGGAAUAAUGUUGUUCCGUCAGUGCAAUCUUCUCAGAGGGUUCGGGCUCAAAAUGCUAAGGAAUCAGAAGAUUCUGCUAUCUUCCGCCCAUAUGCUCGAAGGAACAGGUCAAAAAUAAAUCGAGAUGGAGCACGGUCAAGUUCAACAGAGCUGAUUCAGGGUCGAGGCAGUAAUGUCUCUUCUUUACCUGCUCGUGGAUCGUCAAAGGAUGAUAAGGAUUUGACAUCUGAAGCAAAUAACCAAAAGGACAAGAACAUGCCCCCUGUUAAUACCAGAAAAUCUGCAACUUCAAAUGUUGAUUUGGCUUCGAAGGUGAUAACUUCCGAUAAUCAGUUGAAUAUGGAGUUAGAUGGUGGUCAGGCUGCCAAAGCAACAACUGACCAGUCAAAAGGUGACCUAUCUAAAAGCAAGGUUGAUGUUACAGUGCCUAAUGCAGCUGUUCAAGUGGAGUCUCACAAAUCUCCAGUUAAUGUAUCUUCUGAGGAACCUGAUCUUGUUGGAGGAAAGGAGCAGGUAGUUUCAACUGGUUCUGAAUGUCCACCUGGAACAGGUGCAACCAAAGCUGAAAAUGAUAUUGUUUUUAAUAAGCUAAAUGGGGUUGGCAAUGCCAAAAGAGAUGAGAAGGACAAACCACUUGAUGAGAAAAAUAGUAGUGUAACAAGAGGGGUGAAGGGAUUAGAUUCGGAGUCCUCUUGCACUGAAAAUAGCUUAAGCUUAGAUGUAAAUAAUGAUAAUGGUGUAUCUAUUAAUCCAAAAAAUGUUGAUUCCAAAGGAAAUCCCACGGAACAAACAUCCAAAAAAGAGGAGUCACUAAACUUAGCUGUUGGCGAUUUGUCAAAAGAAAAUAGUGUGACCAUGGCUGUUGAUAAUGUUGCUAUUAUUUGUGAUACUAAUACUUCCUUGAGCCAAAAUCAUUCUCUUAACAAUUCUAUGGUCAAAGUGGUGGAAGAAAUUAGAGCUGAAUUGCAAAAUGGAGUGAAUUGCCCUUCCAAUAAUGAGGUGCAACAAAGCAGUCACCCUGUAGCAGAAGCUGAUGGGAGAACUAGUACUGUGCAGGGUGAUCAUUCUAACUCAAAAAGUGAGAACAUUUCAACUAGUAGGCCUUUACACACCACGGGUAACUUUCAUUUUGAGAUUCCUGAGAGGACUUCGUUAGGAAUAACUUCUACUGCUAAUACUGAUGUUCAGACCAGUUUGGAUAAUCAUGUGAAAGUGGUGGACAAGGCACAUGAAGAUUCAAUUUUGGAAGAGGCUCGGAUUAUAGAGGCUAAACGGAAAAGGAUUUCAGAGCUAUCUGCUGGUACCUUACCCUUGGCGAAUCAGCGAAAAUCUCACUGGGAUUUUGUGCUUGAGGAAAUGGCAUGGUUGGCGAAUGAUUUUGCUCAGGAGCGCCUUUGGAAGAUGACUGCUGCCGCUCAAUUGUGUCGACGUGCUGCUUUUACCUCACAGUUGAAAUUUGAAGAACAAAAUCAGUUCUGGAAAUUCAAAGGAGUAGCUUUAACCCUAGCUAAUGCUGUAAUGGAGUUUUGGCAUUCUGCAGAGACGCAUCUAAAUAGUAAGGAUAGAAGUCUUGGUCCAAAGAACUCUGAUCAUGAUUUGGUGGGGUCAAGGGCCAAUGACGUUACCGAAGACAAGAAUGCAGAACUGGAUAUGGGAAUGAAAAAGGAGCACCCUGGAAAGGCUAAUGAUCUUGCAAUUCGGGCAUAUGCUCUUAGAUUUUUGAAAUAUAGCAGCUCCCCUGUUCCAAGACAUCAAGCUGAAGCACCAGCAACACCUGACAGAAUAUCUGACUCUGGCAUUAUAGACAUUCCUUGGAAUGAACACCUAACAGAAGAAAGCCUCUUCUAUUCAGUUCCUUCUGGUGCUAUGGAAACCUACCGGAGAUCUAUUGAAUCUUAUUUGGUACAGAACGAGAAAACCGGGAGUAGUGCACAAGAGGAAGUUGAAGCAUCUGCUUGUGAUGAUGGAGCAGAGUUCGGAUAUGGUGACUUUGUGUGUGAUGAGGAUGAAGGAGAAACAAGUACAUAUUAUUUGCCUGGAGCCUUUGAAGAUAGAAAAUCAUCAAAACAAAACAAGAAGAAGCGGAAGAACCCUAUGAAGUCAUAUCCUGCGAGACCAUAUGAAACUGGUGCUGAUUUGCCAUAUGGAAACUCUGCUCAGCAGUCCAUGUUGAUUGGUAAAAGACCAGGUAGUAGUCUAAAUGUUGGUUCCAUUCCAACAAAACGUGUACGCACUGGUUCCAGACAGAGGGUUUUAAGUCAUUUUAGCAGUGCCGCUGCUGCUGGAGGUUUACAGGCUCCGUUGAAAACAGAUGCUUCUAGUGGGGAUACUAAUUCUUUUCAGGAUGAUCUGAGUACUUUGCAAGGAGGAUUCCAGAUCCAGAAAGGCAUGGAGGUUGAAUCAACUGGGGAUUUUGAAAGGCAGCAACCAUAUGACUAUGAAGAAACACCAGCAAAACCAAAAAAGAAGAAAAAGGCGAAGAAUAUUGGUUCUGCAUAUGAUCAGGGUUGGCAGCUGGAAUCUACCAUUCAAAAUGAACAGCGAGAUUAUUUCAAAAAGAGAUCAGAGAGUCAUCAUUUUGAUUCUAAUGGAUCCAGUGUUUUAUAUGGGCAACAUAAUGCCAAGAAGCUGAAGGUAAUGAAGCAACAGCCAGAUAAUGCCUUUGACAUCAAUCCCAGUGGAUCCAUUCCUUCACCAGUAGGAUCGCAAAUGAGCAAUAUGUCCAACCCCAACAAAAUCAUUAGAUUAAUUCACGGCCGUGACAGAGGUAGAAAAGCCAAAACACCUAAGAUGUCUGGUGGCGAGCCUGGUUCUGGUUGUCCAUGGUCACUAUUUGAAGAUCAGGCUCUUGUUGUCCUAGUACAUGACAUGGGUCCAAAUUGGGAGCUUGUAAGUGAUGCCAUCAACAGUACCCUUCGAUUCAAGUGCAUAUUCCACAAGCCUAAAGAAUGCAAGGAACGACAUAAAAUUUUAAUGGAUAGAAGUGGAGAUGGAGCUGACAGUGCUGAUGCAGGAUCUUCUCAGUCAUAUCCAUCCACAUUGCCUGGCAUCCCCAAGGGAAGUGCAAGACAGUUGUUUCAACGUUUGCAAGGGCCGAUGGAAGAGGAUACUCUCAAGUCUCAUUUUGAGAAAAUUAUACUUAUUGGCAAGAAACAGCACUACCGGCAGAGCCAGCAUGAUAACCGGGAUUCGAAGCAGAUAGUGCCUGUCCAUAACUCCCAUGUUAUUGCUCUUUCACAAGUCUGCCCUAAUAACCUAAAUGGAGGGGUUCUAAUGCCUCUUGAUCUUUGUGAUGCCACUGCAUCAAGCCAAGAUGUCCUACCCCUUGGAUAUCAGGCUUCUCAUACAAGUGGUUUAGCAAUAUCAAAUCAAGGAGCUGCAGGAUCAAUAUCUCCAGCCUCUGGAGCAAAUUCGUCACUAAAGGGAUCUUCUGGCAUGGUUCUUGGCAAUAAUUUAGCAUCACUGUCUACACCACUCAAUGCAUCUGUGAGGGAUGGUAGAUAUGGUGUUCCCAGAACAUCUUUGCCAGCUGAUGAGCAGCAUAGAAUGCAGCAAUAUAAUCAAAUGUUAUCUGGCAGGAAUAUUCAGCAGUCCAACUUGUCUCUUCCUGGGGCUGUUUCUGGAUCAGAUCGUACGGUUCGUAUGCUACCCGGUGGAAAUAAUUUGGGAAUGAUGGGUGGGAUAAAUAGAGGCAUGCCACUGUCAAGACCAGGCUUCCAAGGAAUGACAUCAUCAGCAAUGCUGAAUUCUGGCAGCAUGGUCUCCUCCAAUUUGGUGGGAAUGCCAAGCCCUGUCAAUAUGCACUCUGGACCAGGUUCUGGUCAAGGAAACUCAACGUUGAGGCCUCGUGAUACCAAACACAUGAUGCGACCUGGGAACAGUCCAGAGACUCAGAGGCAAUUAAUGGUACCUGAGCUCCAAAUGCAGGCUCAAGUGAAUAGCCAGGGAAUUCCUGCUUUCAAUGGAUUGAAUUCUGCUUACCCCAAUCAAUCAACUGCACCAUCUGUUCAGUCAUAUCUGGGUCAUCCCCAGCAGCAGCUGCAAAUGCCUUCACAGCAAUCCCAUGCACUGAGCAAAUCUCAUCAUUCUCAACAUCAGGGUUCCAAUCAUGCUAGUGGGCCGCAACAGCAAGCAUAUGCCAUGCGCCUUGCCAAAGAAAGGCAAAUGCAGCAGCAGCGUCUUUUGCAGCAACAACAGCCCCAGAAACAGCAGCAACAACAGUUUGCUGCAUCUAGUGCUGUGAUACCACAUGUCCAACCUCCUACCCAACUUCCCAUAUCGUCUUCUCUUCAGAAUAGUUCCCAGAUUCAAUCUCAAACUGCAACUCAAUCGGUAUCAAUCCCCCCUCCAUCUUCACCAUUGACUCCAAUGUCACUACAGCACCAACAGAAACACCACUUGUCCCCUCAUGGGCUUGGUAGGAAUCCCCAAACUGGCACUAGUGGAUUGAACAAUCAGGUUGGCAAGCAACGGCAGCGGCAACCUCAGCAACAGCAUCAGCAGUAUCAACAGUCUGGCAGGCAACAUCCUCAGCAACGACAACAAACACAGUCUCAACAGCAAACGGAACUUUUGAAGGGAGUGGGAAGAGGGAAUGUCCAUGUGCAUCAAAACCUUUCUACUGAUCCUGCUGAUCUGAUUGGCCUCGGCAUGGCCUCUAGCAACCAAACUGCUGAGAAAGGAGAGCAAAUCACGAACUUGAUGCAAGGUCAGGGCUUGUAUCCCAGGCCUGGUACAAAUCUCAUCCAACAAUCUAAACCUCUAGUUUCCCAGCCACAGCAAAAGCAAUUUUCUGGGGCAACACCCCCUUCUACGAAGCAACUCCAGCAGAUUGUUUCCCAUUCUGAUAAUAGUUCUCAAGGUCAAGUUUCCACAGUGCCCUCUGGUCAUACACCAUCAGCUGUGAAUCAAUGCAUCCUGCUAGCGGCUGCGGGUCCCAAUCCCCAGCAUUUGCGCCUACCAUCACAGCCACACCAGAAGGUUAAUCAAAGCCAAUCUACUGUUCAAAGGGUGCUUCAACAGAAUUGGCCAGUGAAUUCUGAUCCUCCCAGCAAAUCUCAAGCUGACCAGCAGCAAGUGAACAAUGCUUCACAGAUGGGUACAACCACAACCACAGCAGGGUCCCAAUCUGGCAUUGAUUCAGCUGACAACACAGUGCAAAAUCUUUCUUCUGUUGGUUCUCAGUGGAAAGCAUCAGAACCAGUAUAUACUCCUGGUAUGCCAAUUGUGGCCACUCAAAUGGGAUCCUUAGGGAGCCCCCCUCUUACAAAUUCAUCUGUUAGUGUUCCAGUACCUUCUGUCAGCCAAGGGACAGCACACAGACAAUCAUCAGGUGGCUUACCACCUCAUGGGAAUAAGGCUGGGACACAGCGGCCACAACAGCCACAAAUACAGCAAUCCCCAACACCAGCCCCAUCUCAACAACAUUAUCAGCCGCAAGAGCAGUUACAGCAUGACUGCAUAAUUCACCCCCACAGCAGCUUCCAUUGCAGCAGCAGUCACAACAGCAAACUUCGCAACUCCAAGCUAUACAAGGCAGCUUGUAUCACAGGCCAUCCAGUUCUAAGCUGGAGUGAAGCAAUUUUUGGAUGGAUCAGUCCAACAGCGAAGGGUUCUAAUAGGUUGGGUUUGCAUGCCCUCGUAAGAGCAGUGUACAGACGAAGCUGGUUAUUCUGCGGGGCAUUGCCAAUGGAAAGAGGGGGUUUCUAUUUGCAGGUUAGAAAUUCACAGAAAAAGGACCUUUUUUUUUUCUUUUUGGGGGAUUUUGGGAAUUUAUGUAUAUUAGCAGGUGAUCUAGAGUAUUGGGAAGGUUGAAGACGGAGUAUAGAGGCAUUUGUACAUAAAGUCGUCUUUUUCUUGUGCUUUCUUCAUCUCCUCCCUGCUUGUGUGCAUAGGGGAGUCUUAUUUGUUUCCCCCCAAGUAGAUUAGUGCCUUGUAUUAAUUAAUUACCCUUUUCAGAUGAAGUGGAUAGCAAGCAAUCAUUGUUAUUAGGCAAAACAAGCCUUCCAAAAUUUUGUGAAUACAGACCAGCGCCUGUGACUUCCAUCCAA